CAGUAGUUCCCUACAAUUACCUGUACCAGCGUCAGGCAAGCUCUCCCCGUACGUCACUUCCUGUUACUCUGCGGUUUCCAUGGGCACCGUUAUUGGCUGGGAAGUAGCGGUUACCUUGGCAACCAGACAACACUGAAAGAGUGUGGAGCGCUGCAGGCAGAGAGCAGACAUGCCAGAAAGCGCGGCAGGCUCGCUCUCCAGUUCCAAUGGCUCCAAUCGAUCCAGACCAUACAGAUAUCGCACUAAAGCUUUGAAUUCAGAAGUAGACGAGAGUCUCUUCGGAGUGAAGCAGCCGGCAAAGGAUGACAGCCCCGUCGCACAGAAGAACCCCAACGGCCGGCGCAAGGCGACAUCAGCACCCACGAGGGUUUAUAAACCCGAGACCAUCCAGAUUAUAACCAGCGAUCUGAUUCGGGAUCUGGUGGUGCCCUCGGAAGACCCCUCGGGGAUGUCUCUGAUCAUGACUCCGCAGGAUUUUGUCCGGGUCAAGUCGGCUGCUCGGGUGUUGACCAAAGAGGAGGAAUUAAUGGCCACACAGUCCUUAAAGAAGGCAAAAGAGGAAGCAAUUGAGGCAGUAAAUGAGCGCAAGAACCAUAUGAAGCAGAAGGAGAUGCUGCGGAAAAAGAAUGAGAAGCUGAGCGAGCUGGAAGAGGAAGCCCAGCAGAGGGCGCAAUACCUGCUCCAGAGAGCCAACACCCUGCGUAUGGAACAGGAGGAUGAGAUCAAGAGGCUCAAUGAGGUCAUCCUACAUACCAAGUGUCACGCCAUCCGCGAUGCCCAAGUCCUAGAGAAGAAGCAAAUAAUUAAGGAGUUGGACACAGAGGAGAGACGGUUGGACCAGAUGAUGGAGGUGGAGCGACAGAAAGCCAUCAGGAUGCAGGAGGAGGUAGAAGAGAAGCGCAAGCAAGAGAAGAUAAGAGGAAAGUUUCACAUUAUAAAGCAGAUGGAGGAAAAUCAGGAAACGAGGAUCCUGGCAGAGGAGCAGAAAGAACAAGAGGCCCAGCAAAUGCUCCAAUACUUGGACGAGCUUCAGAUGCAGGAUUAUGAGGAAAUGAAAAGAAGGCGCCAGGAGCAGCUGCAGGUCCAGGGCGAGAUCCAACAGAUUAACGCAGAAAAUGCCAAGAAGAAGAUAGAGCGAAAGGAGCAGGAGAAGCUGGCAGAUCUGCGAGUGCUGGAGUACAACAAGCAGAAAAUGGCACGGGAGGCCGAAUAUGAAGCCGAGCAGCAGAGAAUAAAGAAAGAGAAGGAGCUGGAGGUUGCCCGCCUGCGAGCCCUGCAGGAAAGAGCCAGAGACUACCGAGCAGAACAGGAUGCUCUGAGAGCAAAAAGAAACCAGGAAGCCAUGGAGCGGGCAUGGCGGCAGAAAGAGAAGGAAGUUGCUCAGAAGCAAGCAGAGAUGAACUCCAUGAUGAAGCAGACACGGAUGGAGCAGAUUGCACAGAAAGAGCACUGCCUGGCCGUGCAGGCACAGAGGGACCGUUCUGAGUUCAAUAGAGUGCUGAGAGAACAGCGAAUGAUGAUUGAGAAAGAACGCAAGGAGCUAGAGGAGAAGAACUCCCAGCUGAUGAAGCACGCGGCAGAGCUCAGGCGCCAGGUCCGUGAGAAUGAGCAGAAGCAGGUCUUGGCACGGGUUGACUACUUCGAAGAAGGCAAGAGGCUGGACGAGGAGGCCCGCCAGCGUAGGGCUCGCCUGGAUGAACUGAAACAGAAGAAGCUGAAGGAGCUCAGAACGGCCGGCCUCCCGGACAAGUACCUCUCAAUGGUCACGAGAAAGGCUGAAGCCCCCGCUACUUUGGUUCACUGAGAAGAGAGAAAUAUAAAGUUAUAUAUGAAAUAUAUCCGUCUGACAUUCUGUCUUAUUCUGCAUCCUUUGUUUAUCUGCCAACUCGCGUCUGUUUAACCGAAGGGAAUAAAAAUGACCAUUGUUGGCCAAUGUCUCACCUUA